AUGAAAAAUUACAUAUUGAUUUUUAGAUAUCCCUCAGGAACACUGAAUCUGCGACCUAUGGAAGAAGAUAAAGGCAAACAGGUGGUACUAGUCACCGGUGCCUCAGGAUAUGUAGCUCUACACUGUGUGGCUCAGCUAUUGACAGCCGGCUAUAGGGUUCGCGGAACAGUAAGAAGCAUGAAUAAUGCGCGGAAGGUAGCCCCCCUUCUCCGCCUACCACACGCCAAUGAACGCUUGGGACUUGUUGAAGCAGAUCUUCUGAAUGAGGAAGACUGGCCAGCAGCUGUGAGGGAUUGCACGUUCAUACUUCACGUCGCCUCUCCUUGGCCCAUAGUUGCUGACGAACACACUAUCAAAACAGCUAUCGAUGGGACAUUAUUUGUGCUACGAGCAGCAUCGAUGGAACCUUCCGUAAAGAAAGUAGUGCUUACAAGCAGUUGUGCAGCAGUAAACGAUGGCCACCCAAAUGAUGAGAGAGUGUUCGAUGAGACUUGCUGGACUAACUUAGACAACCCGAAUGUCGACAACUACGCAAAAAGCAAGACUUUGGCUGAAAAAGCUGCUUGGAAUUUUUGGAGCACAUUAGAUCAUAAUAGCAGAUUUGCACUAACCGUGCUGAACCCUACAUUUGUCAUUGGUCCAAUGCUAUCAGACUGUGAAAAUGGCAGCGCCACGAUUAUUGGCAGAAUGAUGGAUUUCCGCACAUAUUUGGCGUGUCCAAAAGUGUCCUUAGGAGUGGUAGAUGUCCGGGAUGUAGCAAAAGCACAUGUUGAGGCCUUAACCCGAAAGGAAAGCGAUGGUGAAAGAAUUUUGAUCACAGCACGUUCAAUAUGGUUUAAGGAUAUGAUAACAUGGUUGCGGAAGGAGUUUAGUAAAAUGGGUUACCUCAUAACUCCAGCUGUUGUCCAGAAUUGGGCAGUGAAACUAUACGCUUAUUUGGGAAUAGAUCCACAUGUUGCUGCCGUAAUACACCGACUAGGACCAGAACUGCAGUUUGAUAACACCAAGUCCCGGGAGCUUCUUGGAAUGACUUAUACCAAUCUCCAUAUCUCCUUGAUCGAGAUGAUGUAUAGUAUGAUCCAACUCGGCAUGGUUCGAAAAACAUCCGGAUAUGAGAAAUGUUUGAGCCAAGCACGACAACAAAUUGCAACUGUGGCCUCAGAAUGAUCUUUGAAAGCAUUUUUGAUCUAAUU